AAAAUGCUAUGAGAUCCUUCAUCGAAAGAUUCUUACGAGAUCUUAAUAUAUACCGUCCUUCCCUGAUUUAACGACUGACACGUGCAACUAAGAGGAAUAUGAGAGACACAAAAAUUUCCUUCCCCGCAUUGCGCUUGAGGUGGCUGGCCGCGCUCCGCCGCGCAGGACGAAGGGGGCUCGGACACGCCGCCGUGUCAGAUGAGGGGCCUAGCCAGUUUGGAGAUUGGGGGACGACACCACAAAUUCGUGCACUGCGGCUCGGAAUCCGGCGUCAAAUCUGAUCUUGACAAAUCUCAUUGCGGCGGCGCCUCAGUUUCUCGAUCUAGGCCGAGAGAUGAGAGUUGAGGCGAGAUGGAGAAACGUGGGGGUCCGCCAGUGCAGCUCUGGCUCCAUCGCAUGACAGACACCACAGCACCGCCUCCUCGUGGGCAUCUUGGGCGUUCUGAGGUCGACCUCACCAUGGUUGCAUGGGCAAUCAGUCGACGGUCUCCUCCACCACCGUCCACCAAUUGCGAUUGCCGCCACCGCCAUUGUCCUCGCCAACCCGCCGGGCUGCAAGUUGACAGACCACUCGAUUGGAUCGACCGGAACACAAUCUGUGCCCUGCGCGAGAAGAUGCCGUAGAAGGAAUCGUCUGUCGUCGGUCUAUCGCGGAUGCCUGUGCUGCCACAGCCUGACGCUUCUCCGCCAAGCCGGCUUGGCGGUGCUGGCCCAUCGCUGCCGCCACUAAGAAGUCUCGCCAAGGUCCAUGCGCCAGUGGGAAGCAACUGUGACAAUAUGCGCCGGGCACCGAAGAUCGUGGAGUUCUACCAGCCCCUGAUGAAUCCGCGGGAGGCCAGGCAGAUGGAGUCCCAGGGCCCUAAGGCGUCCAGCGGCCAGUGGGUCGAAGGUCACGAGGAGCGAACAGAUCAUGGAAAUCACCAGGAACUUCAAGGGGUUGCAAGACAAGAUUCAACUGCUUGCAGUCGAUUUGCAAGACAAGCCUGCGUGGUGGAGUUACUGGACAAAGUUUUCCCACCGGGCAAGGUCACUCUACUUGCGCUCUAAACUCGAUCCAUCAUCAUCUCUUAAUUUUUUUUUAACGUCGGGUCCCCUUCAGAGGCUUCUUUGGAGCCUAAUUCACGAGACGUACAUACCGCGCGAGCACCGCGGCUCGAAUACGGCUAGCUCAGGACAGGAGCUCCUUGCUCCCUCCAUCACAGCCAACCAAGCUAAGGCUCAGAUGCUUAAUUUUUAUUUUUGGAACAUCACAUUCACAUCUUGCAUCUUUGAUCAUUGUAC